AUGGACUGUGGAAGUACCGGCACCGCUGCGGGGAUCGACCCCAAAAUCUUGGACAAUUGGCAAACUGAAGGCGCCUAUUCUGUCGCUUCGUGGGAACACCUGGGCUACGAUCAACCCCCCGAGUGGGACACCAGUCAGGAAUCGAGCCAAUGCGAUGCGGAUAUCGCGGAUCUGGGAGCCUUCCAGGGUCCAUUGAACGAAUAUCGUCGUUUAGAGAACAGAAAACGUGAUGUGGCACCCGAUAACUUGAGCUACGUCGAUGGGGUCGUCGAGGGUACUGGUACUGGAUCUGGAACUAUCAGCCCGAAGACGAUUCCGUCGUCCGCAGACGAAAAUUUCCAGUCCGAUGAAGCCUGGCCGCAUUUCCAACUAUACAACUCCGUAGGCAUGCCGAUCGAUGCCUCGCUUCUCUACCCCUACGCGAAAGGACCGAAUCACUCGACCGGUGCGGUGAUCGUCGAUGAUGUCGGCGAGAUGCCGCAUGGCGGAUUCCCGGAUGCUUCGGCUGAGGGUAUUAUGUCGUUCCAACAGAUCCCCCAGUCCUUCCCUAUGAUCCCGGAGCAGUGGGCUGAGAUGCAACAUGCAAUGCCUGCGGAGAACAUGCCUCCGCCACAAGACUCGAUCCCGCUCUCGGCCAAGCCCCAGGACCCGAAGAAUCACCCGCUGCACCAGUUCCAGACCUCGAUUCGUUCGCUCGAGUCGCGUUGGCUCAACAGUCUGGAGUCCCAGCUUCCCAUUCAGAUGACGCCUGCCCAAACCGUUGGUCCGAGAAAUGCCCAGAUGGGUCAGGAGUUUCAGUUCAAAUCGGAGAAUUCUUCGGUCUCGGGCGAUAUGUCUGGACUUUAUGAGUGCUCGUACUCCGCUACCAGUGACGAACCUCCGGUCUUUGCGGAUCGUCAGUUGUCCGACGACGACUCCCAGUGGAAAACUUCUCCACAGGAGCCUAGCUCGCGGGAGGGAUCCCAACCCUCACCACAAACCACUGCGUUCAUGGUGAGCGAGGUCCCUGAUUCUAUUGUCCCUUCAAGAUCGAGGGCUUCUUCGACUGCUGGACGUGGUGGCCGACCGGCACCGCUGGCCAUGCAGUCCUCGGCCACAGUUAGAAAGCGCAAGACCAGAAACCCCGGAUCUUCGAUCGAUCAGAGCGUGAGGCCUCUGCAAAUUGUCCAGGAGGAUGGCCAAGGCGGUUCGAUUGCGUCUGCUGACUUCGUUUCUCCGCCCCGUGGUGCUCGUCGUAAGGGUCCAUUGAGUAUGGUUGGACGCGCCAAUGCAGGCUUGCGUCGGAAAAACAAGGAUACCUGUGUUCAAUGCCGACUGAACAAGCGCAAGUGUGAUGGAAGCUCUCCAUGUGAUGCCUGCCGUCCAACACUUCACGAGCAGCCAUGUGCUCGUGCAUGCUUCUCCAGCAUUGUUGAAUUUGGAACUUGCAACUACAUCUCUCAACGAGCUGUCAACCACCCUACAAUGGACGGAUCCAACCGAGUCCGAAUGGAAAUUCCAUCCGAGUUCGACCUGAACCAACUUUUGUCAUUGCUCUCUGAGCGCCAGGGGCGGUUCAACAUCCGCGCCAGCCAGGCCUGGGGCUCUCUCUACGUUCUCGACCUAGGAGAAACCUACAAGUUCCUCAAGACGCUCAGCGAGUACAACGGCAACUCCAAGUCAACCUUCUUAGAAUUCAUUGACAGACGCAUCGUCGACUCGAAAGACAAGUCGAAGAACUGGCUCUCCUGCCUCACAGACUGCGACCCAAUGAACCAAGCCUACACCCUCCUCUCGCAGUGGAACAAUAUGCCCAGCCGAGCUAAAUACAGCUUCGUCUCACUAGACAACACCCCCGACAGAACAAUGGACAUAAACGACCCAAGCGACCGCCGCGAAAUCCUCCUUGCAGCCCAACUCUCCCGCAUUUUCUGCCGCAUGCUCGAAGUCGAAGGCUUCCGCAAACUCGAACGCGACUUUUACAACAUAAAGUGGAAGCAGAUCUCCCACGAAACCCACGUCCGCUUCCUCAACGAACUAGGCCACAUCUUGCUGACCCUGCGCUGGCGCGUGAGCUGGUGGAAGCGUCUCGGCGACGGCGGCCAAAGCCCCGACCCCACGCAGCAGCACUACAUCGACCGCGUCGAGCUGCUCUGCCGCAUCCUGUACGUGUACUACACGUGCGUGCUGGCGAAGCUGCCGUCGUGGAGCGCGGCGGAUGUGCCCAAGGGUAUUUGGUCAACUUAUGCCGACUCGGAGACUGUUUGGGAUGAUUUCCCGUCGGACUCGAGCGAUGGCGGGUUCCAGGGGUGGAUGGAUAGAGGGCAGGAUCUUAUUGAGGCUGCUGGUGUUCCUGGGAGAGUUUCGAAGUACUAG